AGAACGGAGCCACCAGAUGUCCGGCGCAGCAUUAUGUAUCUAACGUCAGAACUGUCAGUAAGCUGUGCAGCCGGUCGUAUACGUACGCGCAUCGACUACCUGACAGCUAGUGCCAAGGCGCCAGUCCUGUACCUUCCCCUCCUCCUUGGUCUCGAAACGCUAGCGAUCUAUCUGUAGAAAUGCGAGAAUACUAAAGAGCUGCUCAUAGCCGUGGAUAAGUAUUCUGGACUCUGCCUUCAAGCUAGAACUAUAAACACUUCUCGCGCUCUAGUUUGAUUUAGUCGCAUCUCUCCAAGACAACUCACAAGAUGUCUCAGAUGAUCAGGCUUGAAGCCGGCGACGGAACGGGCUUCACAGUUGACAUCGAAAUAGCUAAGAUCUCGAAGACAAUCAAAAACAUGCUCGAAAACUUGGGCAUGGAAGUGAUAGAAAAUGAAGCCGUCAGACUUCCAGGGAUUUAUAAUGGAAAGACUUUGUUAGCAAUCAUAAGGUGGGCACAUCGCCACAUAGACGACGACGUAGAUCCGGAAAAGGUCAAGGCCAACAUGCUGAAAAAGGAUAUCUACCUGAGCGAUUGGGAUAGAGAACUUCUAGAAUUUGAAAGAAAAGAAAUGAGAUUACUGGAUGUGAUACGAGCUGCUAGCUACCUCGACAUUUUCGGCCUGGUGUUAACCUGCUCGAAGUACACAGCACUCCUAAUAAGAGGCCAAAAACAUCAUAUGCAGAUUCGUCGAGCUUUCAAACUUAAAAAUCUGGAGGUACCAAGUAAGCCCGUCCAGGACACCGAGGCUUCGGCAAUGGAGAUAGAAGAGGAGAAGGCAGCAACCUCGAGCGAAACCAUCGUCGAUUCCAACGAUUGCUCCGACAACUUGAUGGAAUCGUAGUAGGCAGUGCCCGUUGCUGCUUCAAGAUCUUGCCACCUGAAUUAUGGAAAUUACAAUGGCAAUUUUGUAGAUCUUUUCCUGUUUUAUUCUUAAUAUUUUAAAAAUUAAUGUAGAAACUUUGCAUUAAUAUAAGUUGUAUAUAAUCCAAUAUGCUUUUUCACUCAAUUAAAAUGUUUUAACAUUUAUACGUUCUUUAAAUAAAGAAUUUCCUUGUAUGCUAA